AUGUUGCAGCAGAUCUAUCAGUGGUUUUGGUGGGAUCGACUGUGGUUACCUGUAAAUGUUACCUGGUGUGACCUGGAAGAUGGCAACGGACGUGUUUACGCGCAUGUUUCACACCUUUACACCACAAUACCACUGUCUUUAAUACUCCUGUGCGUAAGAGCUGUGUUUGAGAGGAUGGUUGCCACACCACUUGCCAUGUCCUUUGGAAUUAGAGACAAAGUUCGACUGAGAGCAACACACAACCCCACCUUGGAACAUCACUAUAACACACACUCUAAACAUCCUUCUCAGGGUGAGUUGUUGGGACUAUGUAAGAAAGUGGGCUGGUCAGAGCGACAAACUCAACGCUGGUUCCGCAGGAGGAGAAAUCAAGAUAGACCAGGAACACUAAAGAAAUUCAGAGAAGCUUGCUGGCGGUUUGUGUUUUAUCUGAAUGCUUUCCUGGGAGGACUCCUGGCACUGUAUGAUAAACCGUGGUUUUAUGAUCUGCACAAAGUGUGGGCAGAGUUUCCUAAGCAGACACUUCUGGACUCUCAGUACUGGUACUAUAUGAUUGAAAUGAGCUUUUAUGGCUCUCUUCUGUGCAGUGUGGCGGCUGAUGUGAAGAGAAAGGACUUUAAGGAACAACUGAUCCAUCACUGGGCGACUCUAACUCUGCUGGCAUUCUCCUGGUGUGCAAAUUACAUCCGCAUUGGCACCUUGGUCAUGCUAGUGCAUGAUUCCUCUGACGUUUUACUCGAGUCAGCGAAGAUGUUUAACUAUGCUGGAUGGGAAAGAACCUGUAACACUAUCUUUGUGCUCUUUGCACUCACAUUCAUGGUCACCAGACUCAUCAUCUUCCCCUUCUGGCUGAUCCACUGUACCUGGGUUUAUCCUGUGGAGUUGUUUGCUCCGUUUUUUGGUUAUUAUUUCUUUAACGCCAUGCUGAUUGUCCUGCUGCUGCUCCACCUGUUCUGGGCUAAACUUAUACUUCGUAUGGUGUCCAAAUUCAUCUGUGGCAAUAUGAAAGGAGACGAGAGGAGUGAGGAAGAGGAAGGAGAGGAGAGUUAUGAUGAAGAACAGGUUCACACACACUUUAAUGGAUCAGGAUCUGCACACACACACUCCAAUGGAUCAGGAUCUGCACACAUGGUUAAUGGUCAUUGA